GUUAAACAGAGCGUCAGUCAUUCGCCGGAUGUCACUUCGGGGUUAGUGACGUGCUUGGUUGAAUGGGAGAGGACAGAGGACCCUGGUCAGCGAUGGGUCGGCCGAGGUAGUGGUAGAACUAAAGAUGAGGCUGAGGUUAGGGCGCUGAAAGACAUUUAUGCAGUUGCGGCGCCAUGGAGGGAGAAAGCUGCUGUUGCUCAA